UUGCGCAUGCGUGCUCCUUGGCGCGCUACUGAGCUGGGUUCGCGGUGUGUGUUGCUCUCCCCUCUCUGUUGUCUCUGCGGCACUCCAGCUCCUCAUCCAGGGCGCUAGUCCCCGGAGCCAGGAAUGUUCACAGAACUCAAUAACCUUCUUAACACCGCCCCUGACAGGGCGGAGCAGGGGAAACUUACUCUACUCUGUGAUGCGAAGACAGAUGGCAGUUUCCUUGUGAACCACUUUCUCUCCUUCUACCUCAAAGCUAAUUGUAAAGUCUGCUUUGUGGCACUCAUCCAGUCCUUCAGUCACUACAAUAUCGUGGGACAGAAGCUGGGUGUCAGCCUGACCACUGCGCGGGAAUGCGGGCAGCUUGUGUUUCUCGAGGGUCUCAAGUCCUCUGUGGAUGUCUUCUUCCAGGCUCAGGAGGAGCCACAUCCCUUGCAGUUUCUCAGGGAGACCAAUGCUGGGAACCUGCAACCAUUGUAUGAGUUUGUGCGGGAGGCCCUGAAGCCUGUGGACAAUCGGGGCGCUGCGUGGAGGUGCCCAGUGCUGUUGGUAGAUGACCUCAGUGUGCUGCUGAGCCUGGGCAUGGGGGCGGUGGCCGUGCUGGACUUCAUCCACUACUGCAGAGCCACUGUGUGCUGGGAAUUAAAGGGAAACGUGGUGGCUCUUGUGCAUGACAGUGGAGAUGCCGAGGAUGAGGAGAAUGACAUCCUACUGAACGGCCUCAGUCAUCAGAGUCACCUGAUCCUGAGGGCCGAGGGCCUGGCCACUGGCUUCUGCAGGGACGUGCAUGGACAGCUGAGGAUCCUGUGGAGAAGGCCGUCACAGCCCACAGCCCAGCGGGAUCAGAGCCUCACUUACCAGUACAAGAUACAAGACAAGAGCGUGUCCUUUUUUGCCAAAGGAAUGUCUCCUGCUGUUCUGUGACCUGAUUUAGGGGCAGUUGAAGCUACCGUGUACUAUUUUUUUUUUUUUCCUUUUUUUGUCUUUUUUCAU